AAAUUAAUAAAUGAAAUAUAUGGAAAAAAAUGUAAAAGGGGAUCAAAGCUUCAGGUUAUAAAACACCGAAACGGGAGCGUCAGACUAAGCCGAGACAGACCUGGAAACGAAAAGGACAUAAACACAGCAAACUUGGCGAAGGACGAACCUUUAAAUCAAUACGGAAAACGUGUUAAAGCCACAAAAAAUACGAAUUUUAGGUUAUAAAUACAAAAUGAUGACCCCCCGAGGAUCAGAAUAAGGUAGAGAAUAUGGUGAAAUAAGGGGAAAAAGACCGAGAACAGCGUCGCCACACCUGCUGUCUGCUGGCCCGGUGUCACGUGGGUAGUGCUGGUGUUUGUGUUUGGUUGUGUUUGCGCCAUGUGGGCGUGUGUUCCGGCCCUUGUGUGCGCGGCAUGAGUCCCUAGACACGGCUGCUGGUUGUGGAAGGAGUGUAGAGCCGCCGCGCCGAGCAGAAGUUGGUGUGGUGAGUUAAGGUGGUGAUCAUCAGACUACUGUGGACUUGGAGGAAAAUAAAUGCAAGACUCAAAAGACAAUUAAUAAACUGCUGUGGUCACUUCUAAUGGACUGCUGAAGCAAAGGCACCAUGUUAUUUGCCAGAUGACCCAGACCACAGUGAAGUCCUAACAUAUUUUGCCUUACAACUUGGAGCCAAACAACAGAACAUCAUUUCAGAGUUUGGUAAAUAGAUAAAGCAGCCAUGAGGCGAAUGAAAAUUCGUGCCAAACCCAAUUUUGGCGGAGGAGGAGGAACAUCACGGACCAGUUCAGGCCCUGGACGAGGCAGUGCAGCACCUGUGGAGGCCCAGAGCAGCAAGAUCCAGAUCACUCCACCACCUGUGGAAGAAGCUGAUGUGUCUUCAGCAGCAACAGCCAAAUGUCCAGGGGGGGAGGGAGCAGUAAAAGAGACUUCAGGGACUCAGAACAUAAGUAGUGAUGUUUCAAGUGUCGACCUUCAAGAGAAUACCAAUAAGUCUCCUGUCAAUGUUACUACCUCAGCAUCUUUCCAGAUGAAUGCUUCACAGCCCAGUCCAACAAAUGUACAAGGGAUAAAGUCAUUUGAUGUCAUUGAUAGUGGCAAGGAGCUUCAACAAGUAGUUACAGACAAUAGCUCUGAAUCAGGUGCUGCAGUCUCACCUGAAAUAGAAAGUAGUGUGACCCCUGAGCCAUCAGAAUCACAUGCCAUUCCAGUGCCAUCACCAAAAGCUCAGCCAUUACUAGUGCCACAGGAAAAUCCUAGUGCUACAACUUUCCAAAUAAUUUCUCAGUCUAUAACCCAAACUCAUGUUGAUAAAUCAGUGGAUGUAUCCUGUUCUGGUGCUGCAUCACCUGUAAGUGACACAUCAAGUAAUAUUUCCAGAGAGACUCAGCAAGACUCAGAUGGGAAGUCCACAUUAUGCAUGAGGAGGAAGAAGUUGAAGGUUAAGCCAAUGCUAGGCACUGUAAGAAAGGGUAGCAUAAUUGACAAAGCCAAGGUGAAAGCUUCUGACAGUAACAUAACUGUACCAAACAUGAAAAGUGAGUGUGUUGAUGUGCAGCCUUCAGAAAAUCAAACCAACUCUGAAGAAAAUGUAAGUAGUCCAGAGAAUACAGAAAAUAAUCACCUAAAUCAGAAUAUGCAAGAAAAAGCAGAUACAGAUGCUGAUGCAGGUAAUGUUUCCAAAAUGUGUAAUAAAAAGCCAUUAGAGAAAGCAGAUGUACAAACAAAUGUAACACCAGAAUCUUCUGAAUUCAGUGAAGGACUGGUAUGCCCUACUGAAAAGGAAGUCAUACCAGUAAGACAAGAAAUGGAAAUUGAAAGUGCAUUGCCAGAGAGGACAUGUGAAGACAUGGAGGUGGAGGUGGUCAAGGAAAACACAAACACAGAUGUAGUUGUGGAUGAAACCCCAGCUUCUGUAGGAAAUACUCUGGCUUCCAAAACCACUUCUCACACCAGUGCCCCAACAGCUGGCUGUAAGAGACGGGCAAGAAUUUGUGCAAAGCCCGCUCUGAUAACAAAAAAGAAGAAGGAAGAUAAUAAGGGCACUAAAGUUAAAUCAGUAGAACAAAUCACAAAUCACAAAUCACCAGAUGAACAGCUAGCAAAUGCAUCAACCCAGGAAAGUAUUACAAGAGGAUGUGGCAGUGAAGAAUCUGACACUGCUGCAGUGAAACCAAAUGUUGAAAUCAGUGAAAGUCAUCAAAGAGAGGAAUGUAAAUCAAAACCCAGUAUUGCUUCUUUCAAGAAAGAGGUGAAAUUUGUUGAAAUUGAGUUAAACAGAAAACACAGUCAUCUCUCAAAUAUAAGUGACAAUAAUAAAGAUAGCAAAGAGUCAGACGAAACUCAGAAAAUUAAAAGGGAAGGAAUUCAUGAUAAUGUCAAAGAAAAUGUUGAUAGUCCUCUCCAUAGCAACCUUAAGACACCCAGAAUAAAGAAACUCAGUGAAAAUAAAGAAAUAGAUCCUGAAUUGGAAGUACUUGAUGUUAACACCAAUGUGGAAAAACAAGUAAAAAAGAGAUUAAAACAAGAUAAAUGUGAAGAAGUCAUGAACAGUGAUGAUAGCACCGGUGACAAAGAGAAUGCAUCCACAGCUAUCAUUGAGCUGCCCAAGCAGGAGAGAAUCAUCAAGGAUAACUGUUCAGGCAUCACACAAAAAGCCAAAACAAAGUCUCCAGUACAUAGUUCCAAAUUAUUUGGAAAGUUUGAGAGAAAACACAAAUUUGAAGAUGAUGGAGACUCUCCUGAUAAGAAAAAAAAACAAAUUUUCCGAGCAAGGAAAGAUGAGUUCAGAAAGAAAAUGUCUGAAGGAGCCAUGGAACGCAGCAAAAUGACCAUGUUUGACCUCAUUUACUGGAACCCAGCUAGCAAUCCCAUGCCAGGCCGCACAGCCUCCCCCAAAAGGUCCACCGGCAGGGGCGACACAGACAGCAUCACAUCAGAAACAGCAGAGGAGCAGCAGGUUGAUGACUUGGGGCUUGACCCGGCAGACUCUGAGCACCAGUCACGUCCAGAAUCUCCAGAGGUGGUGAGCGUAAGUGUGGCAACCCCAGAGAAGCCUGAUGAGGAAAACAAGGAUUCAGCAGAGGAGGAAAAAGAUGCUGGAGAGGAUGUAGACACCAAUGAAGAGGAAGCAUCAGGUGAAAAGGAUAUCUUUGCUCCAAGAGUGAAAAUUGGACCCAAUGGGGAAAUUAUGGUGGAUGAGCAGAGCAUCAAAAUCCAGACCACAGCUGCAAAGAACCGAGAUGAGGUGCUGAGCAAGGCAGUGGUGGUAGAGGAGAGUGGAGACUCUUCUCAUUACGGCAAGUGGAGUAAAAGGCGAAGAAGAUCAUGUGAAUGGACAGUGAAGGAAACAGCACUAUUCUACAAGGCACUUUCAACUGUUGGUACUGAUUUCUCCCUCAUGGAGACACUCAUCAAGUGGAGGACCCGUGCAGAACUCAAGACCAAGUUCAAGAAGGAGGAACGGAACAACAGGGACCUUGUGGACUUAGCACUCAAUGACUCAACACAGUUUGAUAUGACUGUGUUUGAGGAAGAAUCAGAUUAUGACCCCAAGGAAGACAGGAAGGCAGCACGACAAGCUGAAAGGGCAGAGGCCAAGCGGAGGCGCCUGGAGAUGAAACAGCAGGACAAAAUCAAGGAAAUGGAAAAGAAGAAGAUUGCAAACAAGAAAAAGAGGGCUGCAAUUAAGAACCGCAAGAAGGUGCUCCGCAAGGCAUACAGGAAUCGGGGAAGAAAGAGGAAGGAAACUUUUGAGAGUGACAAUGAGGAUUCGCCCAGUCUGGAUGACUCAGACAGUGCCUCAGAGGACUCAGUAUUAGAGCAGCCACAGCCAGAGGACUUGGUGCCUGUAAAACCAAGAGUGACACUGAAGAGGCGACUCCCAAAGAGACGGAGCUCCUUGGUGAUCAGCGAGGUAACUGUAACAAUGGAGACAGUGAAAUACAAUGAACCAGCAAGUAAAGAUACAACUGAGCAACUAGCAGAUGAGCAAGAAACACCAGAAGAGUACAUCCAGCCUGCUUCCAUAGCAGAGAAAAACUUAGAUGACCAUCAUGACCCUCAUGAGGAGACACACCCUAGCAGCUCUCCAGAUAAUGGUAUCCCACAAAGAAGUGAGGAGUUCAACCAUCAUGAGGAACGAGAGAGUGAGAUAAACUUAUUGAAUAAGUAUCCUCAGCUUCCUCUUAAUGAAGGAUUACCUGAAACCCACAUUAUUGAAAACAUGAUCUCUGAGGAUGAUGAAAAUGUAGGUGUUGAAAAUAAUACAAAUACAAGUCAAAAGGAUGACGUCAAGAGCAGUGAGCCCAGCACCAGCACCUGUAAAGACAAAAAUUCUGAGAACAUCGAGACGAUCACUGAAUUGCAUCCCUGCAAUCCUGCACCAGAACCAUCAAGUGAUGAUGAUGGUCAGAGAGUGUGGCACUUCCCUGUGUCAGCCAUCCAGACCUUAGAGGAUGGACGGCAGGUCAUCUUGGUGCCCACCCCUAGUGGCCAUAACAGUGUGCCAGUGCCCAUACUGCCCCCUGGCACUUCUAAUGUGGUGGUGAUGGCCACCGAUGUCCCAGAUUCCCCUGGAGAACUCAUUUACCAUGUUUAUGUGGUGUCUCCUGUCGAGGCUGGAGAGUCUUAGUCAAGCACCCCUCCCUCACUACAAGGUGUGGGGCUCUGGUGAUUGUCAGACCUUUUCAAGCAGUACAGUCUUGUUGUAGACAUAGUACUUUUUAUUUAACUUUGAAAUGUGAUACUAAUGUAUAAGCUUAUUUAUAUUACUUUUUACAAGGAAAUUUUGACAUUAGAAAUGGACUUGCUUAUAAGCAUUAUUAGACAUAUCUGUAUUGUGAAAUGAGUGUUUGUUUUUUAAAAUAAAAGUAACAUGUAUAUGGGAGUUAAAACUGCCAUAUUUUAUGCAUAGAUUUUGAUAUUGUGUAGUCUCAGGAAAGUAGAAAUGAAGAUUAGAUAUACCUGAUUGCCACCAGAACCAAGUUGUUGUGUCAGACAUGUGAGGAACUGCAAUCCUCAGCUUUAUUAGGUUAAUAACUCAGCGAGGUGGUGGGCAGUCUCACUGAGCAUUCACUAAAGCUAGUCAUUUGGUAGCAAUAAGCUUUUAAACCUGUUAUAUUUGUAGUUCGGAUACCUACUUUAAGCAGGAAGUGGGAAGGGGAAUGAAUAGCAGGAAGGGUGGGAGGGUUAGUGGCCGGGAAGGGAAGGGCUACAUGCAUGAUAACUUUGUGUUGACUGUGCUUGUGUGUCCUGUGGUUGGCUGUUGUGUGACGCCAAAGUCCUCUGUAGUGGGAAGUUAUGAUGUAUGUAUAUAUGAAAAUAAAUGUUAAUUAUUGGGAAA